AUGGCAACCUCCCACAUCCCGGAGGGCCUCUCCCCGGACGCAGUCGACACGCUCACCGAGCUAACCUCCAUCAUCACCAAGCUGCGCAGCGCCCAGCAACAACAGAACCUCGCAUCCGCCGCGGCCGCGGCGGCGGCAUCUUCAACCGGCGGCGGCGGCACCAGCGCAGCAGCCUCAAAUCACGCACCCGCAGCAGCAGCCGCGCAUCAGCAGCCAAGCGGGACGACGCCCGUCGCGCCGGGGGCCGUGACAGGCACAACACCACUACCAAGCGGCGGUGUCGGCGACAGUACUCACGGCCCGCUGCUGAGCGCCAAGGAGCUGCCCGCGGCGACGGACAACCUCAAGCACAAGCUGCAGCGGGCGCGGGCGGCGAUGCGGACGCUGGCGGACGUGCACCGGUCGAUCGCGGCGCAGGAGGCCGAGCUGGCCUCGCUCGAGGGCCGCCGGCGGCGACAGGCCGACAUGCUCGCGCGCACGCAGGAGGAAGGGCUGCAGUUUGUCCGGGCGGAGCAGAGGAGUCGGGAGGAUGAGGAGGGGGAUCGGAUGAUGGUGAUGUGA